AUGAAUAGCCGCGUAUGUGGAUGCACACUGCUCCUGCUGAGCAUCCUAAUGGCCAUUGGUGUGCGGACUAACGAUAUCCCCGAUUGCGACUUCUUCGAUACGGUCAAUAUAACGAGCAGCUUCAAGGCAGGAAAUGGAUCUUAUAGAUACAAGAAUCUCACAGUUCCUGCGAGUCUCACUGGAGAAUACGACUAUGUGAUCCAGUACGACGGGGAUAGGAUAUCCGUGCCCAAGCACAUCCGAGGAUGUGUGUGCAAGUUGAAGACCUGCAUUCGAUUCUGUUGUCCGAUGAUAAAGCGGAUGAAAAGUUUCGGGUGUUCCAAGAAAGAGAACUCACUAUCCUACGACAUGACGCUGGAUAUAAUGCAAGACGAUGGAUCGAUAGCGAGUAAACAUAUUUUGACAGAGAUGUUUGUGCAGGAAGACCUACCUCUGCCAUGUAAGACUCAUUAUGCACUUGACAGAGAAUUGUCCUCUGAAGAUCAGUGGACCCUGUUCGAGGAUGGAAAACUUUUGAGGGAUUACGACAAGAAGAACCUUUCCAAGCAGGAGUAUUGCCUGCAGCCGCGAAUGGCGAGCAACAUAACAUACUACGAUUAUACCAUCGCGCCCUACAACUGCGUUGUGGAGCCUUCCAUGGUCAUGGGCUACGUCAAGUCGGCUUCUAUAAUAUGUAUGGUAAUUACCAUUGCCGUAUACUUUUGGCUGCCCAGAUUCCAUUCGUUGCAUGGAAAGUGCUGCAAUCUGUACUUCAUCUGCUUGGCAGCCACCUUCCUGCUGAAUGUCUUCAGUAUGUUUGAUGUAUUUCGCCCUCGUUCAUUGUUGUGUCAAAUUAAUGGAUACGCUGGGUAUUUCGCUGUAAUGGCCACGUUUCUCUGGCUGUCGGUGAUAAGCUUCGACUUGUGGAGACGAUUCGCGCUGCGCCGGUUUCACGAGUUUAACAGGAACAGCCGGAGUAGCUUCCUCAACUACAACUACAUCGUUUGGAGCACGGCUUCCGUGCUGACUUUGGGGAUAUUAAUGAUUGAUCUUUUCACCAAGUUCAAUUCGGCGAAUCCCCUCACACCCGGUGUGGGAGAGUACACAUGCUGGAUCUAUACGGAAGGAUGGUCGGCCAUGUACUAUUUUUAUUCGCCGCUCAUAAUACUGAUACUUCUCAACGGGACGAUGUUUGCAUUGACAAGCAGAUACAUUUAUGUGGAGAACAAGAGGAAUCAGCAGGUGCUUAACCAAAACGAACGCCAACGAAAGUCCACCAACAAAGCCAACUACCGCGUGUAUCUGCGUUUGUUCAUCAUAAUGGGCGGCAGUUGGUGUCUGGAGAUCAUGGCAUUUAUUUGUUAUAUGGAGAAGGUUUUUGAGGAAUUUACUACAGCCGCUGACCUGAUCAACUGCAGUCAGGGCAUGAUCAUAUUCCUGGCCACAUUCUGUAACUGCGACAUACUCCGGUCAAUCCAUUACCGCAUCCAAAACAGGUACAGUACAGCCACGGACUCUACCGGCAGCAGUCGGAAUCCGGAUUCAGACAAGUUUGGUAAUAGCGAAAGGAAUUAA